AUGACGGCUCUGACCAUCGAAUCUCGGUACUUGAUGCCAUCAGGCUACAGGAUCCCCGUACUUGGCUAUGGCGUGUAUCAAACACCUGCAGAAAUUGCCACGGAAGUGGUUCAGCAUGCACUCAAAGUCGGAUAUCGCCAUGUAGACUCAGCUGUGGCAUACAAGAAUGAAGCACCUUCCGCCGAGGGUAUGAAGAAGUCAGGAAUCCCCAGGGAAGACCUCUUCUUCACCACAAAGAUUCCGCCAAAGGAUAUGUCUUACGAAACGGCAAAAAAGCACAUUGACAGUACUCUUGAAAAGACGGGCUUUGACUAUGUUGAUCUUUACCUGCUACACAGCCCAUAUGGUGGCAAGGCUAACCGAAUCGGCGCAUGGAAAGCACUCAUUGAGGGUGUACAAGCGGGUAAAAUCCGGUCCAUUGGCGUGUCCAACUACGGUGUGCACCAUCUUGAUGAGCUCGAGACAUGGAUCAAAGAGACAGAAGAGAAAGAGGGUAAAGGCAAGGGUGGAGUUAUUAGCGUCAACCAGGUCGAACUACAUCCUUGGCUUGCGCGGCCUGAUAUUACAGAGUGGUGCAAGAAGCGGGGUGUAUUGUGCGAAGCAUAUUGUCCGAUUGUACGCGCUACCAAGAAUGACGACCCUUUGCUCAACUCGCUUGCGCAAAAGUACAGCAAGACGCCGUCACAAAUCUUGCUACGGUGGAGCUUGCAGAUGGGAUUUGUACCACUACCAAAGUCUGUUACCAAAUCUAGGAUCGAGGAGAAUGCAGAGAUUUAUUCCUUUGAACUCUCUGAACAAGACGUGAAGAGUCUUGAUACUGGAGCAUAUGAGCCUUGUUCAUGGGAUCCUACCGUUAGUCAUGAUUAG